AGAACAAGUGAAACAACAUAAAGGAGAUUUCAGCUCAAACAUGGAAGAGGAACCACAACCCAAAAGACUGAAAUUUUAAUUACUUUUCAUUCAGGUGUUACUUUUCAUUCCCAACAUUACUCAGAAGAAGAUUAAACCCUGUUUGGUCUUGCCAAGCCCACGUCCGAUAGUUCCUUUUCCCCAAAAUUAUGCAUUGUUUGUUCUCAUUACUUCAUAAAUUUGAUGGGUUCUUCUUGUUUUAUAAGAUAAUAAGGUGGAGCUCACAGAUAAAGUGAGUGGCAUUGAUAGUAAUUUGAAAGUUGAGAAAGUUAAGCAGAAAUUGGAGCUUUUUGGGAUAAUUUGCAACGAUUCUUGUAUUCCUGGACUGUAUAAUCGCUUGUUUUGUCCACAGGUGUGUACUUUUUGUAUUCGUUGUUAUCUUUAUAUGUUGUUGUUCUUGUUUUAAUUUUGGUUUGAAUGUUCAGUGCUUCUGUGGCUUUAGUGUAAAGGAGGUCAGUCAAUGGAGAGAAGUUUGUCUCUUCAUAUAAUCCAAGAUGGGGAUUUUGCAAUGUGGAGGUGUUUUCGAGCUAAUUGUGGAUGGGCAGGCCAGGCCUUUGCAGACAGCAACAACAAUACAAAAGUUUUGUCAUCAAAACAAAUGACAGAAAAUAGCUUAGGAUUAGAACCACUGGGUGACAAGCUAAUUGCAUAUUUUGCUGAGUGGAUGAUAUCUGAGGGAACUCUCCAGAGAAAUUCUGUUAUGCAGUUAUCUGGUGAUCAGGCUGUCAUAGCUUUCCCUUUUAGACAAAAUGGGGUGCUAGUUGGUUGCAAGUACCGAACCUGCCGGGAGAAAAAAAUUUGGCAGGUAUUUGUGCUAAUCCUGUCCUUGGAUUGUUGAAUGGGUAAAUAUAGUUUGAUAUACCAAUGGAAUGGCAGAGAUAUAAGUGGGAAAUAUUUGAUAUAGCACAGCCACAUAAAAUGCUAUAAUUAAUGUGUUUUGGCUUUUAGAAAAGCAAUUCCAGAGAGGUGAUUAAGAUCACAUGGUAACUGACUCCCAAGUCCUAGAUUGAUGGAUUCUCUCACUGCACUCUGAACUAUCCACAAACAAUAUCCUAAGAUCACUCCUAGUUCUGGUAAGAAUAGUAAUAUGGAAAAAAUGGGUUGGCACAGCCCAUUUUACAUGUCCAGUUCUAGCCUAUGGUUUCAGUUUAAGUUCUUUAUUCCUAUGCUUAAGGAGCUGUUUCUUUCAUUUGUUGUGUGGGGAUAGUGAAUUUGUCCGUAGUACAUUAAAGUGCCAUUUCAGUACCUGUCAUUCUUGUU